AAACUACCCGAGCACAUAACGGAGAGAAAGAGCGAGAGAGAAAGAAGACAACAACGCAUUUUCGCCGAGUUACCGUCGAAGCGCAUAGACAGGCCGCCAGUUCACGGGCCAAUAUGGGAAAGAUGGGUGGGAUGGUCCUCAUGUCCCUUGUUAUUGUGUUUCUCCUGAACACUGAUUCGACAUGGGCUAAAAAAGGAAGCAGUGGCAGCAGCAAGAAAACCUCUUCUAACCGGGGUGGGACACAAUCAAAGCCAUCUUCUCAGCCAGGAAACUACCCUCGACAGCCACAGAGUCCCAAUCGUAACCCCAACCCUUAUCCUGCUGGUGGAAGUUAUCCAGGAGCACGCAACACAAAUCCAGGAGGAGUUCCCAGACAAAAUCCACCAAGUUAUCCAGGCGCUGGAAGUAACCCAAACCAGUAUCCUGCUAGAGCCAAUCCUGGAGGCUAUCCAAACCAGAACCCUGCAGGUGGCUAUCCUAACCAAAACCCAGGCAGAGCUGGCAACCCAGGAGGAUAUCCAAACCAGAACCCUGCAGGUGGAUAUCCUAACCAAAACCCAGGCAGAGCUGGCAACCCAGGAGGAUAUCCAAACCAGAACCCAGGUGCAGGAGGUUACCCACCUGGAGGUGGUUAUCCAGUCAGAGGGGGGAAUACGGGACAGGGUUGGGGUCAGCCUGGUGGUGCCCCCAACUAUAACCCAAAUAAUAAGAUCCACAGUCCCGGCUAUGGUGGUGGAGGCUAUGGACAUGCUGGUGGAGGCUAUGGGCAAGGUGGUGGAGGCUAUGGACAUGGUGGUGGAGGCUAUGGGCAAGGUGGUGGAGGCUAUGGACAUGGUGGUGGAGGCUAUGGUCAAGGGAUGGGAGGGUCUCCUUUCUCUCGUUCUGUGCAGAGUAUGGGUUACCAGCCCCAGUCUUCAGGUUUUGCCAAAAAAGCCAUGAUGGCAGCAGGCGUUGGUGCUGUGGCCGGGAUGGCCAUUGGAUACGGACUCGGGCGUUUCCCUCGCCCACACUUUAAUUUCCGCAACCCUCAAGAAGAGCAGCACUACAACAACUACAUGUACGAGCGUUACGGCACCAAGUCCACAGACGAGAAAGACUACGGCCGCGAUUAUGUCUACAACCCUCCCCCACGGGCAGAGUCUUACGACAAGUUCAUGGACAAGUGUUUGAACAGCACCGACCUUCUCAAAGAUCAGAAUGGAGGCGACGAAGUCGACGGUGCCACCGUCAGCAUUGAGGAGAUUGGAUACCCGGCUCUAAUUGAGCAACUGAAGACCCGACGCUGCGUUGAGAAGUACAUGGAAUACUCUGAGCGCUUUCUGCAGGAACGAAAAGCGGAGCCACAAUUGCAGCCAAGUCGCAGCAGCCCUUUGACCUACGGAGCCAUUCAACUUUUCACCUCCCUCCUCAUGCUCCUGGCCAGCGUGCUCCUUCUCCAGUGAGAGCGAUUCGUCUUCCGUUCGCCAAACCCCAAAUGGAUUUCCACUCUCAUCCACAUCCUGCUAAUGUCUAUUAUCUCUAUAGCAAGCUCUCUGGGUCUCAUGUAGUCAAUACUCUAUUAUCAACACAUGUUGGUGUGUAUAAUAACUAAAGGAGUACAUUUUAAGAUGUUGUACAAGCUGCACUAACCUUGUUCUGUUGCCUUUUUUUAAUGAUUUAUUUUGUGUCUUUGUUACUUUGUUUCACUUUAUCUUGUGCCCCACAUUAUGAAGCACUGAAUGCAUAGAGAACAGAUUCAGGGUUCUUCAGUUUUUAUGACAAUUAAUUGUGACAUUUUGACUGCUACUGUGUAAAUUAGGAAUGUGACAUUUAGGUUUGUAACAUUAGUCACUUUUUAUAGAUUGUUCAAUUGGUUAAAUAUGCUUAAUAAAGAUUGUAUUUGGCAAUGGGACCAAAUAGAUAGAGCUGGGUUUAUGUCCCUGAGGACCACUCGCCAAAAGAAGAAGAACAUAUGUUAUGAUGAGAAAGCAGUUAUCAUGUUGAUUAUCAUCAACAUGUUAACAAAUUGUUUUAGUAUCCCACAAUAAACAGUUAAAAACGUAUGACAAACAUCUAAAUAAGACUUCAGGUGUCCUCAAAGGAAAGAAAGGUGUAUAUGAUACUCUCUUUUUGUUGCCUGUGAAAUCCUGGAUUGCAUGUAAUAGUCAGUAAAGAGGCGGCACUGACCUUUAAUGGUUGAGAACAAGACGAGCAUUUGUUGAAAAUAGCGCCUGCCGCUUUAAAGCUGUGCAGUCCGACAUGUAGUUUGGUCAAAUCUGGGGUGUGAUUGAGGUUUUGAAUCAACAAGGACCAAGACUAUAACCCUAAAUUGUGGCAUCACAUAACUAAUUGUAAGCUUUUAAUUGUACAGUUGCUCAUCGCACACAGUAUCUUCAUGUAGUAUCUAUCGUCAAGAGACUCAAGACUAACACUGGAGUUGGAAGUGGCAGUUUAAAUCUGCCUGGGAACAAUGUUUGUGCAUGAAUAAUGCUUUAGUGGCUUGGGGAUUUUUGAUUAUUUGUUCUUUCAAGAAUUUCCAGGCUUGUGUGGUCAUUUUAACAUCUCCCAUCACCUGAUUCUUCUCUUGACAGUCAGUGGUCACAGGUCAGGUGUUGGCGAGUCUGUAAAUACUUCUGUCUGCUUCUCAAACUCUAUCGCCUCCCCGGGCUGCCAUGGUACGUGUGCGUCUCUCCAGGAAUGAACAUGUUGCUCUGCUUUUCUUCCAAAUGGGUUUGUUUAUUGUGACGUCAUCGGUACAUUUUGAAGUUGUCUGUCAUUUUUCCUUCCCGUUUGUGAUUCUUUUCCUGUUCCAGCUUGUUUUCUUUUAUCUGACUGUUUUAAUGACGCAUCUCCCUCUGGGUUUUUGUAAUGUGAAGCACUUUGCAACUGUUUUGAAAAAUGCUACAGAAAGGGAGUUUGCAGGCUUUUCAAAAGAGUUUCACCCAAUUAAAAAGCUCAGAAAGAAGAUAUCUUCAUUUAAGUCCGCUAUUUUGACACUGGUGUAACUCAAUCUGUUAUUAAAUUGAUAGUUAUUUAGUGUUAUAUAACAAAUAAAGUCAAGUGAAUACUGUCCAAUUGUUAACAGUAUAUCUGGAAGUGAUAAUUUGCACUGUUUUAUAGAGAUUUAUUUGUCUUUCUCCACAUUUCAAGGUUAUUCUAUGAAUCUCCGUGGUGAUUUGUUUUCAAAUUCUUUUGAAAUGUCUUUUCUUUUCAUGUUCGUUGAUCCUCGCUAAAUGCUCCCUGUCCAUUUGAAAUGACAAUUUUACAUGUUCAUACUAUCUGUGAAGUGCACAUAUCUCCCUUUGGGUGUAGAUAUUCUGUAACUGGGUCAUCGAGCUCAUUUUGGGAGUAUAGUUAUCUGUGGGACUCUUGUAGUUGUAAACGCUUUGGGCAUGUCAGGAUAUUCAUGUGUUCAAUAAAAUACAUAACACAAUAA